UGUAACAAUAACACUGUGAAACAAUUUAUUUCUACUUCCUUCGUGUAUUUGAUAGUUUUGCAAAAUUUUAUAUUUGCAAAUAAAUUCAAAAAUUAUCUAAGAAUAAAAAUAGCGCCGAAAACUUUGCAAAUUUAGAAUUAUUUAACUCGUUCAAGUUAAAAACUUAUCAAGUUUAUUUAAAUUAUUUAAACUGUUGUAACUAAACACGUAUUCAUGUGUUACCCUGUGUAAUUAUAAUAAACAAUUUUAAACCUUAAUUAAAACACCGAUAGAAUUUCGAGCAUGUGACCGAACCGAUGUAAACAACGUGAUUAUGAAGUAAGUCAUUACCGUGUGUGUCUUCACAACGACAAGACUAAACUUUUUUAUUAUUAAUCGCUCUGUUAAGAAAUUUUUUUUAAAAAUGGCUAAGGAUCCACCAGAAGCUGCGUCUGCUAUAGAUGUAAUAAUAGAAAGAAUAGGAGGUUCUGGUGCAUAUCAAAAACGAUUUACUUUCUUGUUCAAUAUGAUUUUACCCGUUUUGGCAGCGAUGCCCUACAUGAACAUGAUCAUCAGUCUUGUAAGUCCUGAUCAUUGGUGUCAUGUACCAGGCCGAGAACAUACAAAUUACACGAUGGAUGAAUGGAAAAAUCUAACAAUUCCCAGAGAAGUCAACUCGCAAGGACUCUUAACUUACGCCAAAUGCAGCAGAUAUGCAUUACCAACUCAAAAUUGGAGCAGUACCUUAAUAUCUCUAGAUUUAAAAGAAAAUACAGUGAAAUGUGAUAAUGGAUGGGACUAUGAUCAUACCUGGUAUGAUAUGACAGCUCCCAUUAAAAAUAACUGGGUUUGCGAUGAUCAAAUGGUACCUAGUAAUGCUAUAGCCAUAGGAUUUGUUGGUGAAGUUGUAGGAACUUUGAUAUUUGCUCAAAUGGCUGAUAUUUGGGGAAGAAGACCAAUUUUCUUCCUUGCUUUAAUCGCAGUUGUUUCUGGUCGAGUGAUAUGUACAUUCACCUCAACUUCGAUGUAUGCGUUUUUCGUUUUUAAUUUUAUUGGAUCCCUCACUGGAGAAACUGUGAUGCAAGGACCUUUGGUAAUAGCAAUGGAAAUUUCUGAUCCCAAAAAUCGUGGAUUAAUUGGAAUGCUGUUAUUCUGCGGAUGGAAUAUUGGUAUGUCCAUAAUGCCACUUUUGAUGUGGUGGUUACGUGAUUGGGUCACAUUCUUACUUGCAACAACAUUACCUUGUGCAAUAUAUUUAUUUUCAUGGCCGUGGAUUAUUGAGUCUCCACGUUGGUUGGCAUCAAAAGGAAAAAUAAACCGAUGCCUUAGGGAAUUAAGAAAAAUCGCAAAAAGCAACAAAACCUCAAUGCCUCCCGAUGCCGAAGCCAGAUUAAUCAAAUUCUACGAACUUAAUAGUAAUGAAAAACAUCACUCUAUCCUGGGACUGAUUUCCAGCCUUCGCUUAGCAAAAAACUGCUUUUUAAUCUCGUGCAUCUGGUCCAUCAUAUUACAAAUUUACAUCUCGCUGGCGAUCAAUGUCGCCAACUUAGCAGGCAAUCCAUUUUUAAAUUAUUUGUACCAAUCACUAGCGGAACUGCCUGCGUUUGUAAUCGCAAAAUAUAUCAGCGAUCGUUUUGGAAGACGCUAUACAAGUAUUAUAAGUUUUACUUUAACAUUCCUGGGCUGUGUUACUAUAGUUUUUAUAAUCAAUGAUCCAACAAAUGCUGCGUUUGUAAGAGGUCUUUGUAUAUUCGUAAAGUUCGCUGUGAUGAUGGCGUACUACUCCGUACAUCUGCAAGCCUUAGAAAUCUAUCCAACCUGCAUACGACAAAUUGGAUUGUCAUCCGGAGCGGUUCUUGGAUGUACUUUAGGAACUCUAGCACCAUACAUCAUUGCAUUGGGUGCUACCGUGGACGCAACACUUCCAUUUUUAAUAUUUACAGUCUGUGCGAUUGUGGGAGCAGUAAGUACAGUGUUCCUGCCCGAAACCAAAGGUUAUCAGUUACCAGAGACUCUAGCUGAUGCGGCAAUAUUCGGAGCUGAUCAAGAUAUUUGGGGGCGGUCAUUUUUCACUCAUGUGGAUGAUAGUGAUAACGCAGAAGUUCCCUUUCAAACAAUAACUGCUUAAUUUAUAUAACCUACACCUAUAUAUUUUUAUAUUUAUCUUAAUAAACAUAUUUUAACUCAAA